UCCCCUCGGCCCCCGCGCCGCCGGCCGGCUCCCAGUGGCGGCGCCGCUCGCACCGGGCCGUUCCCGCGUCUGAAACCUCCUGGGCCCUUCCGCGUCCGUGUCCUGCGGCGGCCCGGCCCUCUCUAGCCUCGCGGCUCUGCGCACCGAGGGCGCUAACCAGCCAAGAUGCCGCUCGACGUUAAUGAUGUGAUACACCUUUUGUGCCGUAUCUCUGAGGAGAGGAAGAUGAAGGCUGCUGUCAAGCAUUCUGGACAAGGAGCGCUAGUAGCGGGUGCAACAGCAUUUCUCGGGGGCUUAAUGGGGGGUCCACCUGGAAUAGCCAUAGGGGGUGCAGUUGGUGGUUUAUUUGGUGCUUGGAUGACUGCUGGACAGUUUAAGCCAAUCCCUCAGAUUAUACUGGAACUGCCUCCUGCUGAGCAACAGAAGCUCUAUGAUGAUGCCUUUGCUAUUAUCAGGAACUUAGACUGGACUGAUGCUGCACAGUUGACUGCACUUGUAAUGGGAAAUGCCGCCCUCCAACAGAAGUUGGCAGCAGUGUUAAUAAAUUAUCUUUCACAUGAGCUAAGAGCAGAAAUACGGUAUGGGGAUUAAACCUUUUCUGAGUGUGUGUUUUCACUUUACAAUGAAGGGAAUUUUAUUUUGACAACUGUGAUCUUUUAUUUAACAUAACGAUUACUAGUUAGUGCAGCUAAUUAUAAAGUUAAGUAAAUGCAGUAGGCAGAUAUAAAUAUUAUUUUGGUUUUUGUGAAUCUAGAAUUAUAGUACUGUCUUAUCUUAAACUGCCUUGCUGUGCCGUUUAAGCUACUGUGUAUUGAAAACUGAAAUCAAGAUCAUAAAGCAUUAAAGGAGCUAUGUUUCUCACACCAAUUAUCACUCAGAAAAAUUUUCAGAGUCACUGUAAUGACUUAAGCUCCUAGGUUCCACUUUUAAGAGUGACGUAAGUCACUUAGGCACUCUUGAAAAUUUUACCCACUGUCUACUCAUGGACUGUAAAGGUUGCAAGAAUGAAGGGACUUCUGCUGAGAAGGUAAAUAUCUUCUCAAACUUUUCUUCAUUGCUUGCUACAACUUUAUGCUAAUUAUUGAGUCUUUUAUUCACAUACAAGUCUGACAAAUGCCUAGCUGAACCUUAUUGCAACAGUGGACAAAAUGUGCGUAGCUAGUUUGCUCCUGCUAUCGUUGUAUGGAAAGGCUAGACCUAGAAGGCUGCUAACAUGGUGGUGGCUGGCAUCUCCCAUCCAAUCGCAGAAUUGGGAUUGUCAUCUCAGCAUUGGCUUGUAGAAGAAAAAUGCUUUGCUCUGACUGAAAUGUGUUGAAUCUGAACUGCAGGUGUUAAUUAUCAUUUCUUUAAAGUAUUUUCAAGGUGUAGUAGUAUAAUCAACAAAUCUUCAAUUCAAAUUAAUUAUCUUUAAAGCCAGAACUAACCUUUUUCUGUGCUGCAGUAGUGCAGUAUAUGUAUGUCUUGUGAUAGAAAAGAAUGUACCCCUGCACCCUGGCAGAGUAUCAUGUUUUUAUGUGUUUUGCUUUAAAACAAAUCAAGUACAUCAAAACUGUGAACUGAAAUAUGAGCAAAUAUGAGGCACGUUGUUUUAUUAUGUCAGACUAUCUAUUGAAUAAUGAUUUGGGAUGGUUUCCUACACAUGUUGAAGCUGCAGACUCUAGAUGGAAUUAUGCUUGUUAUCUUCUGAUUUUCCACUAUUUAUAUUGAAACAUUGUUAGACAAGCUCACAUGUACAAAGGUGCCUUCUUUUAUAUGUAAAAACGUACAAGAAACGAAAUUGUUUUUAUAUUAUAUUCUUUGCCUAGUAGCAAAAUCAAAAUAAAGACUUUUUUUUGUCAGGCUUCUAAAAUUUUGAA